AUGGCGUUGCAGAUAGUCAGACGUAGUGUGUCUGUCCUUCGACAUUCCAUGAGAGCGAUAUCGCAGUUAGCAACAACGACACAAACGCAACCAGCUGCGCUGAAUAAGUUAUCACUCUUAAAAUGCAGUUCUUGUCGCAGUUUCCAUGUCUCUGUUAAACGACCUGAUUUGAUGGAAUUUUUUGAUAAUAAAGAAAACUGGGGAGAAGAAGCUAUAAAAACUGGUCGACCCUGGAAAAUGGAUGAAUUAAGGAUAAAGAGUAACACAGAUCUGCAUAAAUUGUGGUAUGUACUUUUGAAGGAAAGAAACAUGUUGUUGACAAUGAGACAUGCAUACAGACAGGAAUUUGAAACCUUUCCAAAUGCAGAUCGAAUUGACAAGGUGGAGGAAAGCAUGGAAAAUUUGAUGAAUGUAAUAAAAGAGCGUGACAAUGCUUACAGCUUACUUGAAACUGGUAAACCAGCAGAGCCGGAUAUGGUUGAAGAUCUUGACAUGUUUGGAAUGCCAUAUAUGAGAAAAGCAAGAGAGCAUGCAGUACCAAAAUCAUCAUUCAGUAUCUCAUCAAGAAAACAGGACCCAUGGUUGAAAAAAUGUCAUCGCCUCCUUCGUGAAAAACACAUGAAAGAGAAAAACCGCCGUUUGAAGCGUGAAGCAAGGUAUGUCAGAAGGACAAGAGAACAUUUUCCUGAUGUUAGUGAGGAGGACAUUGAAUACGGACUGAAACGUGAAACAAGAAGGCGCAAACAAGGAUUUUAUGAUAUUGAGUAAAGAUUGUGUACUGUUACCGUAAUUGUAUUGUAUCAUUAAAACUGAUUUUUUUGUGA